UGGCUGUCAGCAAGUGUACUUUAAACCUUUAACAUUCAAGAUGGCUGACAGCAAGUGUACUUACCGAUUUCUCAGCAGCAGCGGACUCAAAGUAUCCAACAUAUGCCUUGGAGCCAUGACUUUUGGGGAACACCAGCUACUGGAUGUGCGGCCAGGGCAGUGUGACGAGGCUACGGCUCACGCCAUCAUGGACAGGUUUGCUGAGCUGGGAGGGAACUUCAUAGACACAGCAGACGCCUAUCAGUAUGGAGUGUCUGAGGAGUAUGUGGGCAGCUGGCUGUCCAUGAAACAGAGGGAUAAAUUUAUCAUAGCCACCAAGGUAUGGAACAACAUGGACCCAACUCAGCAGGACCCAAACAAGCGUGGCCUCAGCAGACAUCAUAUCCUGAAUUCCAUAGACGGGAGCCUCAGAAGGCUGCAGACAGAUUAUGUGGAUCUCUAUCAGAUCCACUGUUGGGAUUAUGGUACGCCCCUAGAGGAGACCAUGACAGCCCUGAAUGACCUGGUGCGAGCUGGGAAGGUGCGCUACAUCGGUGCGAGUAACGUGACGGGCUGGCAGCUACAGAAGAUCGUGGAAUUCGGAAGGACCAUGGGGCUGAACAAAUGGAUCACUCUACAGGUCCAGUACAGCCUGCUGUGCAGGUCUACUGAGUGGGAGUUGGUGGAGAUCUGUAGGAGUGAGGGGCUGGGCUUGUUGCCAUGGAGCCCACUUAAAGGAGGAUGGCUGGCUGGAAAGUUCACCCGUGACAUGACGGCCGCUCCUGCUGGCACACGCGUGGGCUGGGCCUCGGAGAAGGAGGGACGAAAGGGGGAGGAUGAUCCUGACUUCCAGCAGUAUGCUAACAAUGAAAAUUUCUGGGCCCUGGACGAAGUCUUAAAACGUGUGGCGAAGGAGCAAGGUAAAAGUGUAGCCCAGGUGUCUCUCCGCUGGCUGCUGCAGAAGGACGUGGUGUCGUCUGUCAUCAUCGGGGUGAAAACUCUGCAGCAGCUGGAGGACAACAUGGGGGCUGCAGCUGGCUGGGAGCUCACGCAGCAGCAGAUGGCUGACCUAGAUGCGGCCAGUGCUGUGGAGAUUCCCUACCCGUAUUCGCUGGUCUGGAGGGCCAACAAGGCAACUGGCAGACAGAGGCCGUAGAUCGCGUUAAUGGACAACAAUUUCCAGACCUGUGCUGUCUUGUCUGGAUCACGGAAACCAUUGAGCGAAGUCUACCUGGGUUUAUGAAACAUGUCAUGUUAAGGGGCGUGUCUUCUGGUCUAUCUGGUCUAACGUUAAUUACCGACAUGUAAAAUGAGAGUUCUCCAAGCAUGAAAAAUCGUUUUUUUGGAGACGAUUGCUUUGUGAUACCGUGUGGUGUACUUUAGAGGUGUAUUAAACGUUGUAUGGCCAUGGUGCAUGGUGUAAGAGCGUUCCUGUGGUCCAUUCGUUCGCCAUUGUUUUAGCUUUGUUUUUGUUUGUUACGUAGGCCA